AUGGCAAGUGUGUGCAAUAGUAGUACUACUACUACAACCCUCAAAACUCCUUUCACUUCUUCCUCCACCUCUUUAGGUUCCACUCAUAAACCCUCUCAACUUUUCCUCCAUGGAAAACGUAACAAAAUGUUCAAAGUCUCAUGCAAAGUUUCGAAUAGUGGUGACCAAAACCAAAACGUUGAAACGAAUUCUGUUGAUCGAAGAAAUGUUCUUCUUGGUUUAGGAGGUCUAUAUGGUGUUGCUAAUGCUAUACCAUUAGCUGCAUCCGCAACUCCUAUACCAUCCCCUGAUCUCAAAACUUGUGGUAGAGCCACCAUAUCGGAUGGUCCACUAGUACCCUAUACUUGUUGCCCCCCUCCUAUGCCAACUAACUUUGACACCAUUCCAUAUUACAAGUUCCCUUCUAUGACUAAACUCCGUAUCCGUUCCCCUGCUCAUGCUGUUGAUGAGGAGUAUAUUGCUAAGUAUAAUUUGGCCAUAAGUCGAAUGAAAGAUCUUGAUAAGACAGAACCGUUAAACCCUCUUGGGUUUAAGCAACAAGCUAAUAUACAUUGUGCUUAUUGUAACGGUGCUUAUAUAAUUGGUGGCAAAGAGUUACAAGUUCAUAACUCAUGGCUUUUCUUCCCGUUCCAUAGAUGGUACUUAUACUUCUACGAGAGAAUAUUGGGAAAACUCAUCGAUGAUCCAACUUUCGCUUUACCAUAUUGGAAUUGGGAUCAUCCAAAGGGCAUGCGUUUACCUCCCAUGUUCGAUCGUGAAGGAACUUCUAUUUACGACGAAAGGCGUAAUCAACAAGUCCGUAACGGAACCGUUAUGGAUCUUGGUUCAUUUGGGGACAAGGUCGAAACAAGUCAACUCCAGUUGAUGAGCAAUAAUUUAACACUAAUGUACCGUCAAAUGGUAACUAAUGCUCCAUGUCCUCUUUUGUUCUUCGGUGCGCCUUACGUUCUUGGGAAUAACGUCGAUGCCGCGGGAACCAUUGAAAACAUCCCUCAUAUACCUGUCCAUAUUUGGGCUGGUACAGUACGAGGUUCAACUUUUCCUAAUGGUGAUACGUCAUACGGUGAGGAUAUGGGUAAUUUCUACUCAGCUGGUUUAGACCCGGUUUUCUAUUGCCACCACGGCAAUGUGGACCGGAUGUGGAACGAAUGGAAGGCAAUUGGAGGUAAACGAACAGAUAUACAAAACAAAGAUUGGUUGAACUCCGAGUUCUUUUUCUAUGAUGAAAACAAAAAGCCUUACCGUGUGAAAGUCCGAGACUGUUUGGACACGAAGAAAAUGGGGUACGAUUACGCACCAAUGCCAACUCCAUGGCGUAACUUCAAACCAAAAACAAAGGUUUCAUCUGGGAAAGUGAAUACAAGUUCAAUUCCUCCCGUAAACCAGGUAUUCCCAUUGGCUAAACUGGACAAAGCAAUUUCGUUUUCCAUCAAUAGGCCUGCUUCGUCAAGGACUCAACAAGAGAAAAAUGAACAAGAGGAGAUGUUAACGUUCGAUAACAUAAAAUAUGAUAACAGAGAGUACAUAAGGUUCGAUGUGUUCCUGAACGUGGAUAACAAUGUGAAUGCGAAUGAGCUUGACAAGGCAGAGUUCGCGGGGAGUUAUACUAGUUUGCCACAUGUUCACAGAGUUGGCGAGAAUGAUCAUACCGCGACUGCUAUUUUUCAGCUGGCGAUAACAGAACUGUUGGAGGAUAUUGGUUAAGAUGAAGAUACUAUUGCGGUGACUCUGGUACCAAAGAAAGGUGGUGAAGGUAUAUCUAUUGAAAAUGUGGAGAUCAAGCUUGAGGAUUGUUAA